CGACAAACGUAACGCGAACUUUCCCAGGAACGCGCAGCUCAUCACUCUGCCCGCGAUUUCUCUGCGCCCGCAGCCAUCAAACAACAUUGCGCAUACCCUGAUACUUCUAGAUCGCCUGGCGCAGCUUUGCGCGAUCCGUUCUUUACUGUUCAUGCGCUGAGCCCUCAACCGCAGGAGUUUGUGCAACUGCACCACCAUGGCUCCAGCUCGUCCGCGCGAACCCUCAAUCGAUCGCUCUGAAGAAUACGAAGAGUUUAUGACCAAACUUGCGGCGUAUCAUGAGAAACGAGGUACAACACUGGAGCGUGAACCGAAAAUCGCGAACAGGCAUAUAGACCUUAACAAAUUAUACAAGAGAGUGUGCGAAGAAGGCGGUUACGAUCGAGUAUCUGAUACAAAAGGAAACAAAUUAGCUUGGCGCAAACUUGCUGCAGAAUUUCUUCCAGGCGUGUCAAGUCUUAUCACGCAGGCUUUCCUCGUAAAGACAGCAUAUUACAAGAACCUCGCGGCAUACGAGAUAACGAACUUCCAUGGGAAAGAGCCACCACCUAAAGAGAUCCUCGAAGAUCUCACAGCCAAAGGAGGAGAUCUAAUGAAUCGCACAGUCGAGAACUAUUUCGCAUCUAGCAAUAGAGAGGCCGACAUGCUAACUAACGGACAAGAUAGCGACGACUCUGAUCAGGAGGAUAAGACACCGAAAGAAGAGAAGAUGGACAUAGAUGAGCCUGGGAGCACUGGUGCAAGGGUAACACGAGGUCUUCGACACGCUCCUCCUCAACGCGUCCUAUUCCAGCCAGAUGCUGGCCGACAGACGCGUAAUUCUGGAAUCAUGAACUCCCCCACACCUUCCAACCUUGCUGGUGGGACGCAUGUAAACGGUCUGAACAGCGGUAACGCUGGCGCGGCCAUGACCAUAGCUGGCUAUGAGCCCCAGCAGCCUGCGCCGUCCCAAGUCAAGCCCGUAGUGACACCCUCGAACAAUCCAGAGCAUUUCAGAAAUCUUGCUGUCCGCAACCGUCAUCGAUCAUCGAGAAAGGGACCGGCCGCGGGCAUGAUGGCGCCUGGGACUGGCUUUAUCGGGCCUAACAUAUACAUUAGAGCAUUGCUUGCUCUGCAAUCAGGUCUUGUAGAAGAGGAAGCAUACGCUUUACAUCAUCUUGUCAAAAUUUCCCACGAAAGGGGUGACAAGUACCAAUUUACUGGCUUUCCAGGUCUCGCCGAAGCUUUGAUGACGAAAGUCUUAGAGGUCAGCUCUGUCUUUUACAAUGUCAAGUGGGACAUCUCUUACACUGGAGUCGGAUCUGAACCUGCUCACGUCCUAGAUGGCCUAAGCGGAACUUCAAACCUUCUCGGUCGCAUACGGUCUUUGGAGCGUUUAAAUGUAGGUGAUGAUAUUCAAGAUGCAGACUUCAUAAUCGCGUUGGGAAGAGUGAAUGAGGCCGGUUUGGUGCUACGCAACAUGGUCAUGUUGGAAGAGAAUGCACACUACGUGUCGCAGAUACCUCUCAUACGCGACCUGAUCACCAUCGUCCUAAACCUGCCCAAUCAUCCUUCGGUUAGGGAGCUUCAACAUUACGCCCUCGACAUCGCCGAACAGGUCACUAAAUACUGGUCUCUCGAUUCGCACGAUCCAGUAUACGUUACGCUAUUGAGGCAAGCCGAGUCUACGGAUCGAGGCUCAAUCAUUACGUCUCUCAGAGCGUUGAGUCGCAUAUCGCUGAAUCUGGAGGUGAAGAACCGGUUAGGGAACGUGCCUGCGAAACUACUACAGAGCAUCUGCGAUUGGCUACUAGUGGAUGAUGAGGAUCUCCGGAAUGCCUGUCUUGACUUUCUCUAUCAGUUUACGGCGAUCCUGGAGAAUGUUGAGCAACUUGUUCACGCAGUGAACAUAGAGACGCUAGUAUACCAACUUUCACGACUGCUAAUGUACAACGCUACUCUGACAGAGAGUAAGAACGGAGCGAAAAACAAGAGUCAAAGCGUACAGGCAGCAGAAUCUGCGCCAAAGCUGUCACAGGCUAUUAUCGACCGACUAGUGGUUCUGGAUGAACCUGAGAGGAGUUCACAAUGGCUCAAGACCUGCUAUGAAGAAGAUCCCUCUGGCGAAAUCACACAGAUUGAUCUGUGGCGUGCCUAUAACGAUGCAUUCUUAAAUGCAUUGUCACGACAAGAGCACCAAAAGAGCCUGAUGCAAGCCAAAGAAUUCAUUACUAACGUGUCUACUACUUUUACUGGAGCGCAAGCUCAAGUGGUCACGUCAGGACAAGGGGCAAAGUACACCAUUCGCGGAAUUCGUCCACGCGCAGUCCCAGUGAGCCCCCGAAGUCAACGUCCUUAUAUUCGAUGCCAAUGGCAUACGAGUUCCCAUGAUAUCACGGAUCCAUCAUCGUCUGAAUGUAGCGAAUACACCUCUCAGCCGAAGGAUAUGUACGAGCACAUCCUUGCGGCACACUUGAAUAUCCCGCGAGAUACAAUCACAGGCGAGUGGUCACUGGAGAUCAAACCAGAGGUGAAUGGUGGUGGAACUCCACUCGAGACACGAUACAAUUGCCAUUGGGCGAGAUGCAGACAUUUCGCGGCGACGAACGGUAACACCGAUGCUCGCCAGGUGGGCAAACACAUCAGGACGCAUCUGCCCGACGACUCCGCCAAGUCAGUAAUACGCAAUAAGUAUAAUCGGACAGAGAAAUUAGCUGAGCCCCAGGCGCCUGUUCCUGGCGGCCCGACUCCAGCUCAUACGCAAGCGGUUCCAUGGCCAGUGAAAUGGUCAGUCACCGCUACAGACGAACGCAGUGAUGCUGCAGGAUUGCCCUUGGCGUCAGUCCUAGUAAUGCGCAAUCUCGCGAGGCAGAUGGCCAAGAUCAAGUACACAGACCGAGGGAGACAGGGAACUCCGGGUGGCCGCAAGCGUUACAGAGAGGACGAUGACGACGAGGGAGAGCCACAGAAGGGUGGCUGGGUACAGAAAGCAUUCUAUCCCAUAAUGGACCAUAUCUUCUACGUCAUGGCAAACAACCUUAUUCUGAAAGAUUAUAUGACUAGCCUCUGGCAAGCCGUUGUCACAGGUGGCGGCGCCGGGAUCAUCCAGCCGACCCAGCCGGAACAACAUUCAUAGAAUUGUACGUUAGCUUUCCUUUCUAUUCUUCGGCAUCAGGGAGUGUCUCGGCGCAGCGAAAAAAUGUGUGGAGAACUAGAAUAUAUGUUCACAUCUGUGGGCUAGGCUAGGUGGAAUUUGUAUUGGCGUUCUGGACGGGCACAGGCUGAACUCCCUCCUGCUCGGACAGGUGUGUCCGGAAAGCAGCGAAUGUGCUCGGGUCGUCUGGGUAACGUCGACACAGAAGUGGGUUCGUCGUUGGGGAGAUGUAUCAUGCCAGAAUAAUUCAAAAAGAUAUUUUCGUAUUGAUCGGGCUACCUCGGCUUUUUCUCCAGCCCGUCUAGUCCACCAUCAUAGUCUCCCAAGUCGUACUCGUUCGGGUAUCUCU